AUGGCUCAGUCCACCGAGCCGCGGAGGCGGUUUGCUCCCGUCCCAAUCGAAACCACUUUCGAGUCCGUUCGAAAGAGCUCCCAGCAGCAGCAGGGACAGCAGCAACAACAAUAUCAGCCUGGUCCAGCACCAGAACCCACUCCCGAACACACCCCGCGAACUCCGUCACCGAAUCCAUUCGAGCAGCAGCUUCGCCAGCCUCCGCCUCAGCACCAUGACGACCAGCAGAAGCCGAAGCGCCGCUUCGCUCCCCAGCUGAUCGAGACCUCGAGACGAGCCCGAAGAGUGGGAGACACUGGCCCUGCCACUCGACCGACCGACAAGACCGACAUCACUCCCUACACGAACCACAUCUACCUCCAGCGCACCAAGUCACGAAAGAAGAUCGCCGACGGUACCUCUUCCCCUGCCUCCCAAAUCAUUCAGCGACAGCCCAAGGGCGCAAGGCGAGAGUCAGAAGACGAGAAUGCCGGCACCUACAUGUUGGAGUGGGCCGCCAUGGAGGCCGAGAGACAGAUGCAGGAGGCUGCUCUCGCUGCUUUCCCCAACAGUCGCCCUCGUGAGGGUGGCGCUGCCCACUUCUACUUCAGAGAGAGCUCCGGGGACGACAGCACUCCCGAGAGCAUCUCGCCCCAGCCAACGGGGACUGCCUCCAAAACCCGUGCCCGUCACGCCAAUGCACCCCGGCGGAAAUCUUCAGACUUGGGCUACUGGCAUAAGCAUAUGCAGGAGCAUGCAGAGAAGCUGGCAGUGGAAAGGGGCGAGCAUGUCCCCGUCUUUGACGAGGAGGACGAGGAUGACUCGGCCAUUGACAGGAUGGAGCUUGACAGCCCCCCUGAUCCUCUGUGGUUGACCAACACCAGGAAUCAGACCGCCGAUGCUGGCUCCAAGGGUCCAAUUGGCGAGGUCUUGAUGCCACUGAUAACCUCCGAUCCUGUCUCAGCCAAAGAUACGGCGCAGCCAGCGCUUCCCCCGCCUGAACCAGUGACCAAGCCCAUUGGCGAGACUGGAAUGCCAUAUGUCCCUUCCACUCCGGCCACGCAACCUGCUGCAGUGCCCAUUGCCAAACCUGCCCAGGUCGUCCCCGAGACUGGUUUCCGCAACGCUGGCGGCGGCGGAUUCGGCAGACCCUUUGGAAACUUUGGGUUGCCCGCCGAAACUAGCGAGUUUAGGAGGAUGCGCAAGGCCGCGUCGCCGCCAAUGUUGGGCAAGGACAUUGUCUUCCGCAAGUGCCCCUCACCGAAGCAAACGAAGCUCGAGCCGGAUCACCCCUUCUCAGAGCUCCCUACCGCCGAAGAGAGAAACAGGGAUACCACGGGAGAAGCCGGAUUGUGGAGGGGCUACUGCUUCCGAAAGAGCGAGAGCGAUCAGGCCAUAGUGCCUGCAUCUCUUCAGGGACCCAGAAUGCUGCAUACACCGCUGCCUCCCUCCACUCCGGGGGAUCCAUUCGCUGCAGCUUUUGGCAAGAGCUCUCUCACUGACGAGCCCGGUUCCCACUAUGCAUCCGCCACCCUCACCCCAAGUACCGCUGAACACCGCGUUCGGUCGGGUGAUUUUAAGGGUCUUCACAUGCUUCAUGGCUUGGAAGAACGUCUGAAGCGCGAGAAGGCUCUCGAGGAGAAAAUUGCUUCCGAGUUUGACGAUACUUUCAUUACGCAGGUUUACAACUACUUGUCUCUUGGAUAUCCAGCCAUGGCCCGGUCUUUCGACGAGGAGCUUGCCAAGAUUUCCCACAUGAGCGUUGAUGAGCUGGAGAUGGAAGAUGCCAAGCAGAUGGCAUCCGGCCACUUGAUGGAGCCAGCUGAGGCCGAGAUGGCAGAGGAGAAGAGGUGCCCCCGAUGGAAGGCGCUGAAGGCGUACAUCUUUGAGUGGGCACGACAACAUCCCGACUUGGACAGCCUCGAUCCUCUCGCUUGGGGUGUGCGUGAGAGACGAGGCAGUUGGGCAAUCUAG